AUGUCCAAAACUAUAUCACUUUUUGUUUGCAUUUUUCCUCUUUACCUGUGGAUUCUAAACCGCCUUGCAUCGUGCAUUGUGCAAAUAAAAGGCAAUGAAAGACGUUAUGGGCUGUUUAUCUAAGUUUUGAUUUUCAUUCAAUGAAAAUUGGCUAAAUUUCUGACUGCUACUUUACUCUAUUCUUUGAAUCUGAUUUCCCACGAGUUCGCUGUCUCAAAUGUCUUCAAAUCACUUUGCUCAUUUUCUUUACGAGUGACUCACUUGACGUGUCUUAUCGAAUCAAUACAAUUGAUUACGCGUUGCAAAAAUGUCGGACGACACAAAUAACAGAACUGACCGAUGCACCAUGAAGCAUCGAGAGCGGCGAGUUGAUAGUUGUCAUUCAUUGCCAUCCGAUUAUAGAAUACCAAAUAAACAUGUUGCUCGGAUGCAGUAUGGCGAAAAAAAGAACAUCAAGCACAAACUUCAGCAAUGGUUCAUAGAAAACCCCAGUAUCAGUGCUCGAAUAAGAUCCUGCAAUGUGUUGAUCAAACUAUUAACAUGUAUAUUAUAUUGUAUUCGUGUCGUCAAUGACGAAAGAUCAUAUCCUGAUGACUUUCCAUUUUCGGAAGAAGAAGCUGGAAAACAAGAUGUCACACUUUAUAAAUACUUACUAUGGGUAGACUUCGAUUUCAAAAUUUGGUUUCUACAAACAAUGUUUGCUUGCAUUAGUAUGGUUUACACUAUUUUGGUGUUUUAUCUCAGUUAUUCGGGAAGUGUAGUUAGACUGCUCAUCAAUAUUCAUUUCUUACUGGAACUCAUCACAAGUUUCCCAUUCAUAAUAUCGAUUUUUAUUCCCAGCUUAACCUACUUAUACGUUCCGGUGUUUCUCAACUGCUGGCUUGCCAAAGGUGCUCUUCAAGCUAUGAUGAACGAUCUCAAUAGAAAAUCUUUUAUAAGCUCCUCUGCUCUAUUUCGUCAACUUUUACUCUUGUUCUCAGUUCUGGCUUGCCUCAUUUUUACCGGAAUGUGUAGCAUUGAACAUUUGCAACGUGCUCGUGGAAAAAGAAUUGAUCUCUUCACAUCUUUCUACUUUGUAAUGGUCACAUUCUCUACAGUUGGCUAUGGUGACUGGUAUCCAGACUAUUGGGCUUCACAAUUAUGCGUUGUCAUUUUGAUUUGCGUUGCAUUGGGAUUGAUUCCAAAACAACUAGACGAACUGGGACAAACAUGGUCUGAACGUCAGAAAUCUGGAACUGACUUUAGUAGUUGGAAUGGAGUGGAAUCUCAUGUUGUUGUGACAAUCACUACUUUGGAAGUUGAAUUCAUUCGUGAUUUCUUGGAAGAAUUCUACGCCCACCCCGAAAACCAGAGAAUUCAAAUUGUUUUGUUGUCGCCAGCUGAAUUAGACAACCAGACACGAAUGCUUUUGAAAAUUCCUCUUUGGAAUAACCGGGUUCAUUACGUUCGUGGAAGCUCUUUAAGAGAUGAAGACUUGGAGAGAGCCAACGUAGCAACAUCAAAAGCUUGCUUCAUUUUGUCUGCAAGACAUGUCAACAGAAAAGUGGCCACAGAUGAACACACAAUUCUUCGGUCAUGGGCUAUUAAAGAUUUUGCUCCAAAUGUCAAGCAAUACGUGCAAAUAUUCAGAGCAGAAACCAAGAUGCAUAUUGAGCACGCAGAAGUCUUAAUUUGUGAGGAUGAAUUUAAAUACGCUCUACUUGCAAACAAUUGCAUCUGCCCGGGAAUUUCUACUUUCAUCACACUUUUAAUGCACACCUCUCGUGGAGAGGAAGGCCAGAAAUCUACCGAACCGUGGCACAAAGUCUAUGGAUUUCAUUCUGGAAACGAAAUGUACCAGAUUAAAGUUCAAGACAGCAAAUUUUUCUGUGAGUAUGUCGGAAAGUCAUUUAGCAGCACAAGUUUCCACGCGCAUAAAGAAUACGGAAUCGGUUUGAUUGCCGUUUCUCCGGAUGGGGACACUUCACGUAUGAAGUUAAACCCAGGAUCUUCUCACAUCAUUCAGCCAACUGAUACAGUUUAUUAUAUGGGAUUGACCAAUGAAGAGUCACUGACAGACUUUAGAAAAGGCAUCCGAAGCCAGCAAAAACGUGCAAAUGUUGCAUCAACUAUUGCAAAUAUUGGAACGGUAGCUGUAGAUGUACCAAGAUCUGACAAAACCGAGUUAGUUGGCAGAAAAAAGAAGAAGAGGAAGGAAAAGGCUGCAGAUGAGAUCCACUUAAUUGAAGUUGGAGAACAUGUUCAAUCUAGUCGUCGCCCGUCAAUUGCAAUGGUUACUGAGGGGAAAAUUGACAGCUCGUCCGAUUCUGAUCAAGAAGAGAUUUGCGACAAAUGCCGUGGACCUUGCAUACAACAUAAACUUCAGCGUACUUACCCACAAGUGAGAACAUACAUUGGAACAUCUAAUACUGUGUGCCACAUGAUGAAAGAGCGUCGGUCGCUUUGCUGUCUAAAGCUUGAUGAAAAAUGUGCUCAUAAAUCUGCUACUUCUGCGCAUGAGUACCAAUGGAGAAAUCGGCCAAUUAUUCUUGCGGCGGAUAGAACCAGCAGUGGCAUGUACAAUUUAGUUAUUCCUCUUCGAGCAUACUACAGACCAGUGCAUGAUUUACAUCCGAUCAUCAUUCUUUUGGAGUUGGAAGAGCAAGAUUCGUUGAAUGAUGCAUUUUUGGAUGCAAUCUCAUAUUUCCCAGAUGUUUAUUGGAUGAAGGGAAAAGUUGGAAAUUUGGAUUGCCUUCUCCGAGCUGGUGUAAGCAGUGCGGAGCAUGUGGUUGUUGUCAAGGAGACAGCUGUAAUGGCAGAGGAGCAUACUGCAGAUUGUAACACAAUUAUCACAGUUCAAAAGAUUCAUCGAAUGUUCCCAAGACUUCGAAUGAUCACUGAAUUGACGCAUGCGACAAACAUGCGAUUCGUGCAGUUCAAUCCACAUAAUGCUUAUUCAUUGGCUCAAUCCAGAUUUGAAAAAAAGGAACGAAAACGUGGCUCUCAUAUGCCGUUCAUGUUCCGACUACCAUUUGCACAAGGAGGUGUUUUUAGUGCUAACAUGCUGGAUAGAUUACUUUAUCAGGCUAUUAUCAAACCGUUUGUGGUUGAUCUAGUCAGACUUCUUCUUGGAAUUGAUCAACAUAGUGAUGGCGGAUAUUUAACUUCGUUUGUUAUCACAUCGGAUGACUUAUGGAUUCGGAAUUAUGGACGAUUGUAUCAAAAACUAUGCUCCUCUGUGGCUGAUAUUCCUAUCGGUAUUUUCAGAACCAAAAAGAUGGACACUAAGACGGUAUCCCUUGAUCUUCAAGAACAAUGCAAAGAUUUUGAAAACACUGAAAUGGGAAGAAACAAAGAUAUGUAUGAUCAUGUGAAAAAUCGAAUGAGACUUCUUAAUAUAAAAGACACUCAUACUUUCAAUUGGAAAUAUGCUAGCCGGUGCAGAUCAACAGUGCUCGAAGGAAGCGAUGAAAAGUCGCAAAUCUCAUAUGUCAUCAUCAAUCCUGCUCAAGAUUUGGAACUAGAGUCCGGAGAUAUUGUCUACGUAAUCAGAAGUCCAAUCCGGAAAGAUGCAACCAACGCAAGAAUUAACCCAAGAAGGGGUCUAAGACGCAGUAAAAAUGUUAGUGAAACCAUCGAUUCAACAAAUCAAGUCCCAACAAUUGUCAUUGAUGAGAAUAAUUUGUAAACUUGCGUUUUUUGUACAAUGCCCAACACAACGAAAAGUUGAAUUUGCUGGAAUAUUUGCUCGUGUUUUAAAAAUGAAUAUUUUUGUAAUUU